AUGUCGGACUACAGGCCGAUAGAUGCAAAGCGUGAGGAAUUCCGAAAGUAUUUGGAGGGUGCUGGCGUGUUGGAUGCGCUGACCAAGGUAUUCAUCUCAUUGUAUGAGGCCCCUGAGAAGCCAACGGACCCGCUAGAGUUUGUCCGUUGCAAUAUUGGUGAUAAUGUACCAGAUAUGGCAGAGUAUGAAGCAGUACAAGCAGAGCUGGCACGUAACAGUGAUGCAAUCGAGAAAUUACGGGCUGAGAAUGAAGCUCUACGUGCACGUAUUGCUGAGUUGGAGCCGGUGACAGAGGGUGGUGAAGAAGGAGCAGCACCAGAGGAAGGUGCUGAGCAAACAGAAGGAGGAGAGGAGCCACCUGCAGAGGGAGAGGAACCACCACCACCUGAGGAACAACCUGCGGAGUAG